GCCAAAUGGCGUAAACGUGAACGUUAUACGAAUGCACCUCAAAUUCGUUCAUUAACUGUACCAGCAACCAAUCCUUACGAUAUUUCAUUAAUAUCAGCUGCAAGUAGUCAAUAUCCAUCAUUAGCCAGCAGUAAUGGUUGGUGCUCAUCAUCGACAGGAUCUCUAGGUCAUGUGUCUCUUCGUGAUCAUCACCAGCAACAGCAGCAACAACAACAACAACAAUCUCACCAAACAGGUUCAUCAUGUCAAAAUCUUUCACCAUCUCCGUCCAUGAUGAUGUCAAGUGCAAUACCGAAUUUCAUGGGUAUGCCCUAUGCAUUUCCACCCCAUCCACCACAGCAAGCAUCACAUCCAGCAAAUAACUUCAAUCCAUGUCCUUACACUGGCUAUAAUCUUAAUCCGGAUCAUCGUAGCACCUCGAUUGCUGCAUUGCGCCUUAAAGCUCGUGAACAUAGUGUAGCACUUGGUGGCAUGUAA